GGCCCCUUCCCAUUGUGGACAGCUCCCCGCUCCCGGAAUGUCACUUGGAGACAGUCUAGGCAGCUGUUCCAAUCCAAGCUGUGUGAGCAGCUGCGGGGCGGGGAGGGGCUCUGUGUUCGAAGAGCGACCUCCAGGACUGCACUUAGACUUGCCGGGUGGAGGUCCUGCAGGGCGAGAUCCUGUCACAAGUCCACACAGGCCUUAGGUCCUUCACGGGCACAAUCACAGUUUAAUCCCAGCCAAGCUCCUUCCUUCCCAAAUGAGAAAACUGCCAUGCCCCCUGCCUCCGUGGGGUGCAGGGACAGGCUUGGGGGAAAGAAAUCCCCUGCUUGGUUUUUCCUUGUUGUGGGCUGGGGCUGGGGGGUUCUUCUCUGCCCUCAGGUAGUUUCCACCAUGGGUCUCCUGGCCCUUCUCAGCUGAAUCCUUGAGGGGAGCCCUCUGCCUGUGGCCCACAGUUCCGUGUGUCUCCUUGGCAUCUCAGCUCUAUCUCCUCCAAACGGGAAUUCCAAAGCCUCUGCCCUGCUGCCCUUUAGUGCCCGCUGGCCUGGAACGUCUCAGGGCAGUCACCCCCAGUAGUCACAGUGUGCAUGUCCUGUGGAGUGGUCUCUAACUGCGUGAUGUCCAGUCCCUUGCCAGCCAAGGUUUCAUUUGUGUUGCCCAUUUUCUCUUGUUUUCUUUCCAGACAGGAGGGUAAGUCCAGUCCCUCCUCUCUCCAUUUGGCCAGAAGUCCAAGGUAGUAUCUGUUUUACUGUUCUCGUUCUAUCCAGGUCUCACCUCUGGGCCUGUUAUUCUUCAUUGAUGGAUGGCUCUCCUCAUUGUGGGCAAUAUUUUCCUGCUUCUCUCUAUGCCCGAUCAUUUUGGACUGGAUAGCAAGCUCUGCUAAUUUCUGCUAAUUUCACAUUUGGGGGCGUUGCUGGAGAUGCUUCUGUUUCCCUCACUGUGCCUCCGCUUUGCUCUCAUGCACAGUUACUGUCCUCGGAAGCAUCUGUAUCCUUUCAUUUGCAGUGGGAGGAUCCACCCAGAGCCUGUUCCUUCCCCUGGGCCAGCAGUGGAAGUGAGUGAGAUUCUCUUAGGCCUCAUCAUGAAUCCCGUGAAAUGUGAAGAGAACAAGUCACUGGGUGCCAUUGAAAAGGACCAGACCUCCAGACCUGAAGUCACAAAGGAUAUUGUCACGAAGCAGACAUGUCCCGGCACAACAGUUGACCCUUCUCCAUCUGACGCGGGCAAGUGUAGCAGCACCGUUCAACGUGAAGGUGGUGGGCAUUUAGCAUCCCCUAAAAUUCAGAGCUCAGGGCUGAGCAGGAGUGGCAAGUGCUGUUUCCGCUUUACUUUCAAAGAAGGCUCCGGGAAAAGAGACCAUAGCGUGUUUAGAGCAUGUGGCCAACUCAAUGAGAGUAUCGACUCAGCUCUGAGAGCUAAUGAAAAUGUCCUCAAAAGGAUAGAGAAUUGUUUGAAUAAGAACAUUUUUGCCUAUGGACAGGAAGCAAUACAAGGAUAUAUCAAUUUAGGAAUGCCUCUCAAGUGCCUACCAGAAGGUUCUAAACUUGAAAUAUCAAUUGGUCAGAGAAAGGGGACUCAGGAGGAAGGUGAUCAGAUAUUACGCCACUAUGAAAAUCCCAGCAUCGAGUGCGUUCUUUUCCACGUUGUGGCUAUUGGGAGGACAAGAAGGACGAUUGUUAGCAACAGGGCCCUUCAUGAAACAGGAAGUACACUUUGUAUCUACGCCUUGAAGGGUGAGACUCUCCGAGACGCCCUGUGCAAAGAUGGCCGAUUUCGGUCUGACCUGGACGAAUUCGAGUGGAAACUCAUAGAAAAUCAUACAAACAUUCAUGGAAAACAGUCCACGGUGGAGGAAGUAGCUGGAAAAACCUUAGAACUGGACAUUUCUAAAAAGCCACCAGCCAGGAAACGUACCCCCCUGAAAACUGAACAGAAGAAUGAAAACGCCACGGGUGAAAUCAGGCCCUAUGAUGUGAUGCCAAGGCAGACUCAGGUCCACCAAGCAGAGCCCGAUGGAGAGUCUGAAGGUGUAGAACACGACCGAGAAAACGUUCUGCCACUUCGAAGUCUAGGCAAUGGCCUGGAAGGUAAAAAACACCGGACAAAUUCCAGAAGUAAAAAUGAUUACAGAGAGAGCAACAGAAAACGUAGGAAACAAACUUCACAGGCUUUGGAAAGGCCUCGUCUGCAUAUGGAAAGUGCUAUUAAUUGGGAUAUGCAGGGGGAGGCAACCCAUCUCUGGGUAAAGAACUGCACAGUGUUGGGCCACGUUGUUAUGCGAUGCAAUCCGUAUAUUAGUGAGGAUGCACUUUGGAUGAGAACUUUCUUUGAGGAGGAACAGAAGAUAAUCCAACGGCCUUCAUCCCAACAAUUCAAAAUAUAUAAAAAUUGCUUUGCCAAAGUAACUAAAAAUUCUGUUUCCGUUGCAACCUGUGAACGUCAUACUCAACUUAGUAAGUCAGUUGGGUUCGUGAGAUGGGAAAAUAACGGCACCACAGGCAAUGCUACUUGCUUCCUGUUCAAUGAUGGUUAUAUCUUCACUUGUCGACACGUUGUACACUUGAUGGUUGGAGAAGAGACAAAUCAGAGUCUGUGGUCAGAUAUGAUAAGCAAAUGUGCAAAGGUAACUUUCACUUUUAAAGAAUUCUGUCCCCCUGCUGAAGAAUGGUUUUCCCUCGAGCCAUGGCUUCAAGUGUCUAAUGAAGGUCCAGAUUAUGCCAUUUUAAAACUAAGAGAAAAUGGAAAUGGAUUUCCUCCAGGACUAGUUGGCCACACUUCCUCUCUGCCACCUAGUGGUUUGAUUUAUAUAAUUGGUCACCCAGAAGGCCGGAGGAAGGAAAUAGAUGGGUGUGCUAUCAUUACUCUAAAAAAGCGUGAAGAGAGGUACUCCCAGCUCCUUCAAGAUAAGGUGGAAGUGGUGGGACUGAAAGCUGCCACUCAUGUUCUUUGCUCGAUGUUCACCCCAAGAAGUUUCCCACCAGAGGCUUACAGCACUGAAACACUUAGUUAUGAUACUUGCUUUGCGAGUGGGUCCUCAGGCUCCCCAGUGUUUGAUGCAGACGGCAAAGUGGUUGCUGUGCACUCCUUUGGGAUGUUUUAUAAAAGGGAAAAUAAGGAGCAUGCCUUUAUUGAAUUUGGCUAUUCUAUCGAUUCAAUUCUUCGUGAUCUCCAACAGAGGAACGAGCCAUUGUAUAAACUGUUAACUGCAGAGAAGUAGGAGAACCUAAAUCAAGAGAAAAAUAACCAACAAGAGUCAUCACUUCGAGAUGAUCAGGUAGAACCCAUGGAACAUUAGGGGGAAAGGAGCCCUGGCCAGGUGGUUUUGCUGGUUAAAGUGUCAUCCUGUACACCAAGAGUCUGUGGGUUUGAUCCCCGGUCAGACCACAUACCUGAGUCACAUGUGGGAUUCCUGGUUGUGUCGCAAGUGGGAGGCAAUGAAUUAUGUUCUCAUAUCAGUGUUUCUCUCUCCCCACUCCCUUUGCUCCUUUUCUCUCUCUUUCUCUCCCUCUAGCUCUCAAACUCAAUAAACAUAUAAUUAUGUGGGGAUUAAAAAGAAAAUAUGUCAAUAAUUGAGAGUGUCCAGAAUGGCUUCUUUAAAGUAUACUGAAUAUGCUUUCUUAUUUAGAAAACUUUUAGAGAAUUAUGUGGCUGUGCAGAACAUGUGUUAGAGCUGAAAUAAAUACUGAGUUUUUUGCUCAUUGGCUUGUUUUUUAAUUUGAAAUGCUUUCAACCUCACAUCAAAUACUUAGGGUUUUUUUUUUUUUUUUGCAUAUAAAGAACUUGGCAUUUGGCAUUAGGUAUAGCCCCCAGCUUCACCAUGGGAAUCCAGUCUCCUUCCUAUGGCCUACAAGGUGCUUAGUGCCAAGGGCAUAUAUAAGCACCCUGUGAAGCACAUUUCAUUUCGAGGGUACGCUCUCUGUCCCCGGGGCUGUGAGGUAACUCGCACAUCACCAUUCCCUACCACCUCUCACCUCCCCCUUUUCACAUGUACAAGGAAAGACAAGCUUCUACACGGAAGACAAUUGGCAAGUCCCCUUGUACAGUAACUUGUUCUCCAGCUCUGUGUGUGUUUGUGUGGGCACCUGUCGACUAUACCUCUUGAGGAUGAUUUAAGGAAUAAACCGGACUUGAUAAAACUCA